AUGCCCGCUCCUCUUUCAACCAGCAACGCCAACGCAUACCCUCGAUUUGAUACCCAACAACUAACCCCCCGAACUCCUCAUUCGCGCGCUGGACGAGCAGAGGAGGCAUAUACCGCUGCUGAACUUGAGCAAAUAGACUUUGACGAUGACGACUACAACUCGGUGGUCCAACAGCAAAACGCGCCAUUGCUGGCAUCUUCGGCCAGCGACAGUUUCCCUUCUGUUGGAUAUCGGAGCCGCGGAGACGACUAUGAGGAGAGAAUAGCAGCCACGGCUACCGCCAAACGACGGACUGUAACAGAGCAAAUAUUGGCGCGUUUACCACUUGCCUUAUAUUCCUCCGUUGCUGCUGUACUUCUCGUCCUCGUAUUCGUCUCUUUACGCGAACCCGAGGCGCUGAAGAAGUAUGUUGGCGCCAGCAGUAAUUCGUCAACUGCCGCUUCCCCUUCGCAAUCCCCUUCUCUUUCGACGCCGCAUAUGCACACCGACCACCUACCAGAAGGCGUCGCCUUGAUUUCCUACGAAAACUACACUAAAUUCCCGCUGGACCCCAUCGAGUAUCGCUCCGAAUGCAUCAAGCUCACGCCUGCUCUCAUGAAGCCCCAUCCAUUCUGGUUCUCGCAUGAACCUAAGGAUGUGCCACAUGUUGACGAGCAGCCUGGGUACCAGCCUCCAACGGGGCAGCCACCCAUUUGCAACAGGACUAUAACUUAUCAGCUGGAUGGAUGGGCGGGGUUAUUGACCGACAUAGCGUUGAUUUCGCAGUUUGCUGCGCUUGCGAGGGAGCGCGAGGCGACUUUCUUUGUUGAUGAUCGCUAUUGGAAUCGUGGAAAGUGGACUGACCACUUUGAACCCAUCCACACUGGUCCUGAGCCUGGGUGUCGCCCGCCUCCCCCAGAAGAGUAUGUCGCGUGUCCACGAACAGCAAGGCAUUGGAUUGUCAACUCCAGAACAGCGCGGUACCAUCUUGGCCACGCAUUUUCAGAAAACUACGAGGAUCCCUACGGACAUGACCUCAACCGACUGAAACCCAUCUACAACGCCGCACAAAAGUCGUUCGAAGCGAUCAUCAAGCCAAGCAGCCAGUCUGCCACCCUGAUAAAAUGGGCCCGCGAGGAGAUGCAGGACAUGGUGACCAAGCACUACCAGGCCCGCUCGUUCAAGGGCCAGUCGCAGGAAUACGAGUUCCGCUCUAUGGGGUAUAUUGGCGUGCAUAUCCGCCGCGGGGACCAGUCACGCACGUGGAAGGUAUACGGCCAGCAAUAUGUCCCUGUUUCAGACUAUGUCGAUGGCGUGGUGGGUGCUUGGAGUAGGCUUGACCUGGAGCUCUCCAAAGACGACAAACCGGUCACGCCCGUUGCUUAUAUCGCGUCUGACGACCCUGCGGUCAUGAAGGAGUUCUCCUCCUCGUUUGACAGCCACAGGGUAUUCUCCCUAUCUACCAGCAAGCGGAAAGAGCUGCGAGAACUCGCGAGUCCGGGCGCCUAUGUUCAGAACGACUUUAUGAAUAUCGACGAGAAAACGCGCGUCACAGCCACGCGCGGCAUGGUUGUCGAUUUCGCGCUGGUCAGUGGGGCGUGGGCAAACACAGGCGACCUCAUUCCCGAUGCGACUGUGUGUGGUAUCAGCUCGGUCGUCUGCAAGUUUGCUGUUGUCGCGAUGGGGUGGCAGCGUGCUUUUGGCGAGGUGGAUGAUAUGGGGUACAUGGACAAGAAGAACAAUAGAUGGGUGGAGGUCGACAACAGGGGGAGGAUUGUGCCGGCCUGGGAGCCAUUCCAGGCGCCAUAG